GCGCUCCGCGGGGCCUCCGGGCCGCCAGGGGGCGGGCCAUCCUUGCCGGAAAAAGCGGCCUCUCCCUUCCUGCCUGGUGCUGUGCGGCGUCUUCCUGUUCGGGCCUCGCCGGCAGCGGUACUCGGAGAACCUUCGCCUCACGGGCGGUGGGAAUGGCAACCUACACUUGUAUUACUUGCCGUGUGGCUUUCAAGGAUGCUGACAUUCAGCGUGCCCAUUACAAAACUGACUGGCAUAGAUACAACCUGAAGCGUAAGGUUGCUGACAUGCCUCCCGUCACUGCUGAGAAUUUCCAAGAGAGAGUCCUAGCACAGAGAGCAGUAGCAGAGGAGCAGAACAAAGUCACUGCCACUUACUGCACGGUUUGCAGCAAGAGAUUCUCCACCUUCAAUGCCUAUGAGAAUCACUUGAAGUCCAAGAAGCACCUGGAGCUGGAGAAGAAAGCUGUCCAAGCUGUCAGCAAGAAGGUGAAAAUAUUAAAUGAAAAGAACCUGGAAAAGGGGCUGGCCCCAGAGGGCGUAAACAAAGAUGAAAUGAAUGCAGCUAUUCAGCAAGCCAUCAGAGCUCAGCCAUCUUCCUCACCGAAGAAGACGCCUUUACCUCCUAGUGAUGCAAGUAGCUCUCCAGCUUCUAUGGGAAGCGCCAGCUUACCACAGAGUAGGGAACGAUGGGAAAAACCUCCACGGCUACAGUGGUUUGAACAGCAAGCAAAGAAGUUGGCCAAAGAACAGGCAGAGGAAGAAGAGGAUAUGGAAGAAGACUGGGAAGAUGUGGAUUCUGAUGAAGACUUGGGCUCUGAAGAAGAGAUGGAAAGUGUGGGAGAAGAAGAGGAGGAGCAGGCGGAAGCUGAAAGCACUCCUGCUGUUGGGGCCAUACCAGUCACGGACUGCUUGUUCUGUCUUCACCAUUCAAGAUCUCUCACAAAAAAUGUGGCCCAUAUGACGAAAGUUCACAGUUUCUUCAUUCCAGACAUAGAGUACCUUGUAGAUCUCAGAGGACUAAUUGCAUACCUGGGAGAGAAAGUUGGUGUUGGGAAAAUCUGUAUCUGGUGCAAUGAAAAAGGGAAAUCGUUCUACUCUACAGAAGCAGUACAGGCUCACAUGAAUGACAAAAGCCACUGCAAACUCUUCACAGACGGAGAUGCUGCUCUGGAAUUUGCAGACUUCUAUGAUUUCAGGAGCAGUUACCCUGAUCACAAGGAUGGGGAAGAUGUGGAGGUACCUGGAGAGCGCUCAGCAGAGAGAGAGUUGGAUUAUGAUGAUGAGACCAUGGAGCUGAUCCUUCCUUCGGGUGCAAGAGUGGGUCAUCGUUCUUUAAUGAGAUACUACAAGCAACGCUUUGGUCUGUCAAGAACGGUGGCUGUUGCAAAAAAUAAGAAAGCAGUAGGUCGGGUAUUGCAGCAGUACAGAGCUCUGGGCUGGACAAGUCAGACAGGGGCAGUCUUUGCUCAGAAGCGCGAUAUGCAGUACCUGCAGAGGAUGAAGUCAAAGUGGAUGCUCAAGACAGGAAUGAGUAACAAUGCUACAAAGCAGAUGCAUUUCCGGGCCCAAGUCAGAUUUUGAGUUCCCAAGAUUGCUGCAUGCAACUGGUGUUGGGAAGGGGGAUUUAAUGGUUUCUGAGUCAAGGGUUCUGUUAUUAAAAUGGACCUACCAAAUGAGGAUGUGUAUGCUGGUGUGCCUUCCUGUCUGUGAGAAGAAGAGCAGGGAGUUUGUCUCUUCCGGUGAAAUGAUGAUUGGCUUAACUUAAAUAAAAUAUCUUAAAUGGAAUAUGUGGCAAAGUAGUCAUGGCUAUAAACAAAGAUGCAUGCAUAGUCUUGCUGCCCAUCUUUAUGCAAUCUGUUUCUGUGGGGCAGUUCUGCAAAAUGGUUGGGGCCAAGAGGGGAUGCUGGAUCUGAGAGCCUGAGAUGGAUUGUAUGGAAGGUGUUCACUUGUGGUGCCAGAUGUAAGUUCACUGGGUAUUUAGGACUUCUGGCUGGCACUAUUGAGGUGAAAAUGUGGGAUGAGAGAUUCUGGGAAGGUUAAGUGGGAAUUGUUUGAGGAAACACACUGAUGGAAAACGUAAUUCCAGGAUUAAUGUUGUCCUCAGAAGAUGACUGCUUGCUUUAUGCUCCAGCUCAGGGCUGGAUUACUAAUUUACAGUGUAAUGGUUUUAUGUUGAAUUUAAUGAAUUUUCAUAAUCUAAAAACUGCUCAAGAUUACCCUAACUUUUACAUAAAUGUCAAUACAAAUUUCUGAUGAUCUGUUAAAGAUUUCCUGAUUAAAACCCUGAA